AUGGUCUCCUUCCGCCUCUCCCUCCCUGUCCUCCUCGCCCUCCUCCCCGCGACCUUCGCCCAGCUCCCCUCCUCCGCUCCAGGUUGCGUCGCUCGCUGCUUCCAAGCCAAGAUCAACGAGGCAGGCCAGCUUGCUCCCAACGUUCAGAGCGGCAACCUUGCGGGUUUGUGCCAGACUCCGGCUUUCGUCAACGCUUGGGACCAGUGCCUUGCGGACAACUGCAGCGACGCGGACAGGCAGACGGGACAGUCGCUCGGCCAGCAGGUCUGCAACGCCGCCGCUUCCUCGGCUUCCGUCGCGCAGUCGGCCUCUUCCAGCGCCGCCUCGCUCGAGUCCUCCGCCGCCUCAGUCGCAGCGUCGGCCUCGUCGGCCGCCUCUUCCGCCCUCGCGAGCGCCUCGACUCAGACUUCGUUCGGCGCCGCAGCGAGCGCCGCUUCGUCCCUUUCGAGCAGCCUUGCCAGCGUCACCUCAAGCUUGAACUCGGACGUCUCGUCCCGCGUCUCGGAGAUCUCGGCGUCCGCUUCAUCCAAGAUUGCGAGCGUUACUAGCCUCUCUGCCUCGUCUGGCUCGUCCGGCACUGCUACCGCUUCGAGCAGCGCUCCAUCGUCUUCGCAGGGCGGAUCGAGUGCGGCCGGCGCCGUCUCGCACAACUCGGCUCUCGUCGUCGCUGCCGCCGGUCUCGCCGCACUGGUCGCCAUCGCUCACUGA